CCUCCAUCUUCAUUUAUCAUCAUCCACUUUAUGAAUGCAUUGUAUAAAAAUUCUAAAAAAUGAAACCUAGAAGAGAUAAGCUAAGAAGCUCAGUACGUCGAUGUAUAUAUAUACAUAUAUAUAUAAUAUAUAUACAUAUGUCCGAUGAAUAUGUAUAACCACAGCUGAAGAUGUGAUGAAAAGGGAUGAUAAUAAGAAAUUUUAUAAACAAAUGCAUAUGUAUAGGAUUUUUCACUCUCAUUCAGCGAAUCAUUUAUACCCCUUUUUGUUAAGUGAUAUUUUUAAGUAUCGCUUUUAACAAGGCAACGGCGGAGAUUUAAUAACUAUAACUGACAUUCAUUCCAUUGUAACUUCAUAUAUUUUACUAUAUUUUUAUGCAUCAAUUCUAGUUUCCACAUGCUUAAAUAUUGUUAAAGAUGUUGUGGAACGGAGACGGAAAUACAGAAAAGCCUAACAGUUGACUGUUAGUCGAUAUCUAUAUGAACUAGCAUUUUUCCCUCCCUUCAGCUCUGGUUGGCACGCAAAUGUCAGAUUUCUAUUAAACGAAAUAUUGCCUCACUUCUCUUAUUUACUUUAAUUUUGUCGCUCAGUCUUUCCAUUUUAGCACCAAAACUACAUCCACUUUUAUAAUUGAUUUCUCCUCCUGUGUGUAAAGGGAAUUGUGCAACACAAACAGUAGCAUUUUUGAGGCCAAGGGCGUAUCUGAUCAUUUUGCACCGAUAUCAUCAGCUUUAGCAUCCCUCAUGACGACUCUUGAGCGCUGUCUAUUACCCUGUCAGGAUUUAAGUACUCCUGAGGCUAAGAAUUUUAUGAAUCCAACCCCAAGUAAACAAAGCUUAGAAAGCGAUGCAACGCCGAACACUUUACAACAUUCGGGUAAAAAUUCUAAGACAGGUGAGGGCAACCCAUCCCUUGACAAGGUGCAGGUAUCAAAUCCUAUGCCUGCGCAACGCCCUCAGAGUGGCCGACAUAACUUCAGCAGCACCAAUCUUUUUAUCUAUGACCUUCAUCACUCGGUGGGCCAGGAAAUAUUGGAAAAACACUUUUCUGUGUUUGGCAAAAUUCUCUCAUCAGCGGUAAUGCGAAACAUUCAUACUGGUGAGAGCCUAGGCACGGCUUUUGUAGAAUUCGAAACUCACGAGCAGGCACACGAAGCGAUGGUUGCGAUGUCUGGGAGCAUUUUGGAAGGAAAAACGAUUUUCGUGCAGUGGGCGAGGAAGCACGAGCGCAUACCCGUGGGCGAGGCGCGGCGAAAGAUCAUGAAGCUCUUCGUGCGCAACAUUCCACUAGACAUUACCGUGGAUGAUCUAACAAAAUUUUUUUCUGAAUACGGAUCGGUCAAUCAGGUAACGAUCCACAAAGACACCGCUCCUGUGCCAGAUCCCAUGCUCGUACGUCAUAUUGCCUUCGUAAUUUACGGCGAAGAAGGUGCGGCCGAGAAGGCGGCAGUAGCAGUUCAGAAUACAAAGCCCUUUGAGUCCUGCAAUGGCAUUCCGCUCAUGGUUAAACUUGCCGAGGACAACGGGAGGGAACGGAAACAUCAUCAUUCCGCUGGUAAAUCCUCGUCCCACUACUGCUCUACGCUAAAAACCUCAGGCAGCUUCAAAAAGAAAUCAACAGACACUCCAUUGCCAAUUCUUCAGACUCAGUCAACUUCGCAACCAAAUUCUCAAUUUAUCCCUCCAACUGCGAAUCCGUAUCCUGGAUGGGGUGGCACCACGAACUCUGCGAACAAUAAUUAUAUCACAGAGGAGCAUGCGAACACGCUGAUUUUACUCCGUAACCGAAGCUGCUCUGAUAACCUUACUCACGACAGGGAGACCUAUCCAAUAAAAACAUUCCAGCAAUCAGCACUCCUAAGCCCUUCCCAAGAGCGGGCGCCUUCCUUUAGGAACCAAAGCCCAGGUUGUGUCAAAUCGACGCAGCGGACCCAGAGCUCCGUCUCGUUCCUCAAUUUUGAGGACUACCCUAUGUACCCCCCUACCUUGUUUCACCAGCAAGAACAGCACCAGCCGUUGUCACGGAGAAGCAACUCAUCCCAUUCUCUGCAGCACAGCCGCGUUGGUUCCUUGGUAUUUCGAGACGACUUCUACGCCCCUUCGGGGAGCCAGACCACUCUCCCACUGGAUACCGUGGUGGCGGGUGGGACCACUUUCGACUUUGAUUCCGCCACAAGGGGCGCGUACACACCGACCCAUCGUUUGUCGAGGUACCAAAGCGCCACCUCGUCCGAUAUUGCCGACUCCAGAUUCCCCAAUCCGUAUCCUGUGAACUCUUCUGAAACAAGGUAUGAAUGCCCGAAUACGAUCCACGUUCCUCACUGCAAUUGGCAACCCACUAGUGCGCAGAGCUCGCCUAGUGGUUUCCCUGCCAGGCAGGGAAAUUCGACAGGAAACAUGCUCCAUCAUUGCGCGUCGAGCGGGGGGAUCUAUACUGACCCGUCCACGCGUACGGUGCCGAUUCCCAACCCGCGUAGUGCGCUUGGACGGACCGCUACCAUGUCGGCGCUCACGUCAGAAUCGCCUUACCAUACUAAUCUGUAUCCCAGAUACCACUCGGGCAAGAAUAGCGCUGACUGCUGGAACUAUAACGCGGAUAACAACUUCUAUAAUAAUGAAGGGAUGCUCGUGAGGGGGGAAAAUGAGGGGCAAAUGCCCGAAACAAGGAUCCAACGGGUGGGGUCCGUUGGAUAUCCCGAUUGGGCCUCUAUCAAGUCCCCCUUGAGCGAAGAAGACCCCAACACGACGGGGGGCAUGAGCGGCAAGAGCCGCACAUCCUCCUUCAAGGAUGUAUCGUCAAGCGGUGCACGUAGCUACCGGCACAACCCCUAUUCAUUUCAGGUGGAUUCAUAG